AUGGGUGACCCUUCUGGGUCAGAGGAGGACACAGACUCAGCUGUCCUGUAUGGAACUCUGCGGGGAAGUGUUGUUGGAUUACGAUACUACACGGGGAUUGUUAAUAACAAUGAAAUGGUUGCACUUCAGAGGGAGCCCAAUAAUCCUUAUGAUAAAAAUGCAGUGAAAGUAAAUAAUGUCAGUGGAGAUCAGGUAGGCCAUAUAAAAAAAGAACUAGCAGCAGCAUUGGCAGGCAUCAUGGACAGCAAACUAGCAUUAAUUGAAGGAGUUGUCCCUUAUGGAGCAAAAAAUGCCUUUGCCAUGCCUGUACAGAUGAGCUUUUGGGGAAGAGAAGAAAACAAGGAAGCAGUGCUAGUGCAUCUAAAACAGCAUGGAUUUAAACUGGCUCCUCCUCUGAAAGUAGGUUCAGAAUGUGGUUUUGGAUCCAAGUGGAUUUCUGGGAGAGCUGGUCCAAGUUACAGUGCUCCGGUUCAUGCUGCUGUGCAGUUGACAACUGAACAGCUUAAAAGUGAAUUUGACAAACUGUUUGAGGAUCUGAAGGAAGAUGAUAAAACUUGUGAAAUGGAAGGAGCAGAGGCUGUUGGCACACCCUUGCUUCCCCAUCAGAAGCAGGCUUUAGCUUGGAUGGUUUCACGAGAGAACAGUAAUGAUUUGCCACCAUUUUGGGAAGAGAGAAGUAAUUUCUAUUACAAUGUACUUACCAAUUUUGCAGAAAAGAUGCGACCUCAAAAUGUUCUUGGAGGAAUACUUGCUGAUGAUAUGGGACUGGGUAAAACACUUACUACUAUUGCAUUGAUUCUCACAAAUUUUCAAGAUGGCAAGCCUCUUCCUAUUGAAAAGAUCACAAGUGAUAAGUUUUAUGAGGAGCCCGGAGCUAAAGGCACGAGCAGAGCUGGACACAGACUGUGUCAAGGUACAGCUGGUGUUCAGACAGUUGAGAAGAAAUAUUCUGAUGAUGGCUCCAGAGCAACACUGAUUGUGUGUCCGCUGUCUGUCUUGAGUAACUGGGCUGACCAGUUUGAACAACACAUCCACCAAGAUUUUCGUGUAAAUAUUCAUGUGUAUUAUGGUUCUGACCGCUGCAAAGACCCGUCAGUUCUUUCAGAACAAGACGUCGUACUGACAACAUACAACAUCUUGGCUACUGAUUAUGGAAUCAGAGGUGACAGCCCUCUGCACAAAGUGAAGUGGCUGAGAAUUGUGUUGGAUGAGGGGCACACUAUACGAAAUCCAAAUGCUCAGCAAACUAAAGCUGCCUUAAAUCUGGAGGGACACAGAAGAUGGAUACUUACAGGCACUCCUAUUCAGAACUCUGUAAAGGAUUUGUGGUCUCUUAUUUCCUUUUUAAAACUGAAACCUUUUACUGAUCGAGAGUGGUGGCACAGAACAAUUCAACGUCCAGUCACAAUGGGAGCUCCAGGGGGACUUGGGCGUUUACAAUCUCUGAUUAGGAAUAUUACCCUUAGAAGAACAAAAACGAGUAAAGUUAAAGGAAGACCCAUUUUGGAGUUACCAGAACGUAAAGUACUUAUUCAGCAUGUUAUGCUUACAGAGGAAGAGAGACAAAUGUAUCAGUCUGUGAAGAAGGAGGGCAAAGCUGCCAUUAGCAAAUUUUUCAGUGAAGGGACUGUACUGGCUCACUAUGCUGACAUCCUUGGUGUCCUGCUCAGACUGAGGCAGCUUUGUUGUCAUCCUCAUCUCUGUAUAAAUACAUCAUCUCCUAGUUUUUCAGCUGAUAAUAAAACUCCUGAAGAACUGCAUGAGACAUUAGUGAGUAAGAUGAAGUUGGUUCUGAGCUCUGGUUCAGAUGAAGAAUGUGCAGUCUGCCUGGAAUCACUGACCCUGCCUGUGAUAACACGCUGUGCGCACGUGUUCUGUAAGCCCUGUCUUCUUGAAGUCAUCAGAAGUGAACAGCCAAAUGCCAAAUGUCCUCUCUGUAGGAAUGAGGUUCGGGCAGACCACUUGGUGGAAUGUCCCCUAGAAGAGGAAGUAGACUCCAGUAAUGGGAAGAAGUCUGAUCAGGAGUGGAUAUCCAGUUCAAAGAUCAAUGCUCUCAUGCAUGCUUUGAUAGAGCUACGGAAGGAAAAUCCAGCUGCUAAAUGUCUGGUUGUUUCUCAGUUCACAACUUUCCUGUCACUGAUAGAAAAUCCCUUGAAAGAACUGGGCUUUGCCUUCACUCGUUUGGAUGGGUCAAUGACACAGAAGAAAAGAGUGGAAGCAAUUCAGUGUUUCCAAAGCAGCCAGGCAGGAUCCCCAACUGUAAUGCUUUUGUCUCUGAAAGCAGGUGGAGUUGGAUUAAAUCUGACAGCAGCUUCCCGAGUGUUUUUAAUGGAUCCUGCUUGGAAUCCUGCUGCAGAAGACCAGUGCUUUGACAGGUGUCACAGGCUGGGUCAGAAGCAUAAUGUUGUUAUUACUAAGUUCAUUGUGAAGGAUUCAGUGGAAGAAAACAUGCUGAAAAUUCAGAACAAGAAGAGGAAACUUGCAGCAGGAGCCUUUGCUACCAAAAAGCCUUCAGCAAGUGAAGUAAAACAAACCAAAAUUAAUGAAAUCAAGGCUUUAAUUGAGUUAUAG